GCCAGACAAAGAAAGUGGUGUGCAUACCAGCUCCAGCGGCGAUGAACAGCCGGUCCAGUGGAGAAGUGGUUCCGUCUGAUCUAUGGGCUUGGCGAAAGUACGGUCAAAAACCCAUCAAAGGUUCUCCUUAUCCAAGGGGUUACUACAGAUGUAGCAGCUCAAAAGGUUGUUCAGCUAGGAAACAAGUCGAACGUAGCCGCACUGAUCCAAACAUGUUAGUCAUUACUUACACCUCUGAACAUAACCAUCCAUGGCCCACUCAACGCAAUGCUCUCGCCGGCUCCACUCGUUCCUCUUCCUCCUCCUCAUCAUACCUUUCUUCCAAAUCCUCAACCGCAACCGCAGCCACAACUACGUCUCCCUCAUCCAGGUUCUCCCAAAACAAUAAUAACAAAGACGAACACAAUAAGUCCCACUUGCCUUCUUCUUCCACUCCUCCUCCUUAUGCGGCCGCGGGGGUUAAAGAGGAGAAGGUGGAGGAGCGCCAUGACAAUAUGGAGUUCGAUAAUGACGUUGAAGAUACGUAUAGACCGGAGUUGUUGCCCGAGUUUCAACAUCAGCCGGAGGAUUUCUUCGCAAAUCUUGACGAGCUUGAGGGAGACUCUUUGAAUAUAUUGCUAUCUCACAGUAGCGGCGGAGGCAACAUGGAUAACACAACGACCAUUCCCGACGUUUUUAGCGAUUUCUUUGAUGACGACGACUCCUCAAGGUCCUUAUAAAUAUUCUAAUUAUGUAAACAUAGAAUUAUAUUAUUCUUGUGAUACGAUUGUACUAAAUGACGUAUUAGUCCUAGCGCAUGCCACCGCCGAGUAGCCAAUUAAGAGAAUUCAAGUCAUUUACAAUUCAUUUUUUUAGAUGAGAUCCAUCUAGUUCACUAAAACUCCAUUGUA